AUGGCGAAGAAGAAAGUGCCCGGGGUCCCGAACAAAUCAUCGUACUGCCGCCUCUCCUUCAUGUACCAAGCCGCAACAUUCCUGGCGGCAGUAUCGUCCAACCACAGCCAAGCCUCCGAGCCGGCUGCUUCGCAACACAUGGAUCCUGAUGCCCACAUGAAAGUUGACGGCGAAGAUAUCGACCACCUCAACACAGAAGAGAGCCACAGGACCGCCAUGCAAACUCGGAAUAUGUCCCACAGGCUGCUUGCAGACUUCCGUUCCGUCUCCCUCAAGUCUCAGAUCCGGGUCAGCCCGGCCAUGAAGCGGACCAUUUGCAAAUUCUGCGACACGCUGCUUGUCGAGGGCCAGACUUGCACCUCAACCGUCGAAAACACGAGCAAAGGCAGGAGGAAGCCGUGGGCAGAUGUCUUGGUUAUAACGUGCCAUACCUGCCACCACGCGAAGCGCUCCCCCGUCCACGCGCCGAGACAACCGCGCCGACCCUUGCGAGUUGCCACAAAAGCAUUACAGCAGGGAGCAAAGCAGGGUGUUGCCCAAGAGCCGCAGCUACAGCCACAGAACGACCCUUGA